ACAAAUUAGAUCCUACACACGAGUGCAUAAUACGAAGUACAAAAUUACAGAGCAUGCUCUCUCUUUUUCAAAAAAUAUACACUUCAGACUAUAUAUAUAAAAGAACAUAUCCGCGUCCAAUUCCAUAAAUAAAUUGUAGGCAGCGGAAUAUUCGUUCGUUUUUUCCUAUAUUUAUAAAGACUAUAUAAACCCCUCCCAUAAAAAGAUUAGCUUAAGGUUUAUUGUUAUCCUGCGACGUCAUACAACAAUCUUAACAAACUAAUCUCUAUCUUCCUCAAUCCUCCUUCCUCUUUCUCUCUAACGUCAAAAUAAUCAUGGCUUUGAAAGCAAUCCAUGUUGCUGACGUCCCUAAUUUUGAUCACCCUGCUUACAUCCCUGAAACUCCCACCAUUUUUUCUCCCUCUGUUCCUUCAGGGUAUUUGGAGGCGGAGGAGAAAGAAGGAAAACAGAGAUCAUACAAAAAUGGAAAAUUUGUGGUUAUGGGACACAGAGGAAGUGGUAUGAAUAUUCUGCAAUCUUCAGAUCACAAAAUGAAAUGUUUUAAGGAGAAUUCUGUUCUCUCUUUUAAUCAUGCUGCUCAAUUCAAUCUCGACUUCAUCGAGUUUGAUGUUCAGGUCACCAGAGAUGACUGCCCUGUCAUUUUCCAUGACAUACAUAUUCUUACACAAGUCGAGGGAGUCAUUACAGAGAAAAAAGUGACAGAGAUUACCUUGGAAGAAUUUCUGAGUUAUGGACCACAGAAAGAGCCAGGAAAGGUGGGAAAAACUAUGGUUAGAAAAGCAAAAGAUGGGAGUGUAUUAGAGUGGAAAGUUGAGAAUGACGGUCCUUUAUGCACAUUUCAAGAAGCUUUCGAAAAGGUUGAUACUUCAUUGGGAUUUAACAUUGAGUUAAAGUUGGAUGAUUACAAAAUUUAUGAUGAAGUGGAGCUCAAACGCAUUCUCCAAGCAGUUCUGAAGGUUAUAGAUGAGCAUGCUGAUCAAGGAAGGCCAAUAAUCUUCUCGAGCUUUCAACCUGAUGCCGUGCAGCUGAUGAGGAAAUUGCAGGAAAAUCACCCUGUUUACUUUCUUACCAAUGGAGGAUGUGAAAUUUAUGGUGACCCAAGAAGAAAUUCACUAGAGGAAGCCAUCAAGUUUUGUCAUGAAGCUGGCCUGCAAGGUAUCGUCUCUCAAGUGAGGGCGAUAUUUAGACACCCAACAAUGGUUGCUAGGAUCAAGGAAUCCAAGCUCUCCCUUAUCACUUAUGGCCAAUUAAAUAAUGUGCCAGAGGCGGUGUAUAUGCAGCAUCUAAUGGGUAUUGAAGGUGUGAUUGUUGAUUUUGUUCAAGAGAUCAAAGAAGCAAUAUCAGAUUUUAAUGAGACUGAAGAAGAUUAUUCCUCAGUGGAUGGUGAAGAAAUAGUCGAAAACAGAAACAGAUUACCUGUAAAGUUCUCAGACCGCGAGCUCUCUUUUCUUCUGAAGCUCAUACCAGAAUUGAUACAAACUUGAAUGCACAUACAAUACUAAUUUUCCUGUUAGUACUCCUUAUCUUCUGUUUAUGUGUAUUUCAUCCUUUGGUUCGUAACUUCCUAUUGUGUAACAUUUUCACUUUCUCCUUUGCUUUGAUAUCUCUAUCUUCUCUAGAUUUGA